AUGGCGCCCGUUGGUGCCGCGCUCUGGCGCUCUCUCCGCGCCCACCAGGUAUACGGUGCGAACACCGACGUAGGCAAGACCAUUGUGUCGACUAUUCUCUGCAAUGCUGUCAAUCGCCUCAAGACCAACGAACAGUCGGCAUUUCUGAAGCCUGUUUCAACAGGCCCGCUGGACGACGCGGAUGACAGGCAUCUGCAACGCCAUGCUCGCGGCACCUUGACAAAAUGCCUCUACCAAUUCGAUGAGCCUGUCAGUCCGCAUAUUGCAGCCCAGCAGAAGAACUUCACGAUUCCCCGGGAUGACGAUAUCCUCUCCUCAAUUCACAAGACCCUUUCCGGCUGGGCCGAUGAUGGAGUCAAUUUCGCUCUGGUCGAAACGGCCGGCGGUGUUCAUUCACCAGGCCCCAAUGGGAACUCCCAGGCUGAUCUCUACCGGCCUCUUCGGCUGCCGAUUAUUCUGGUCGCUGACUCUCGCCUCGGUGGAAUAUCGUCAUCCAUAUCCGCCUAUGAAUCCCUUUUGAUGCGGGGCUACGACAUUCACUCUGUACUUCUGUUCAGAGAUGAAUAUUACCAGAACCACGAGUACUUGGGUAAUUACUUCCGAGGAAAAAGUAUACCGCUUGUUCCAUUACCUCCGCCGCCCGCACGCCCACAUGAACAAGAUCCCAAUUCCCGGGCCCGGGAUCUUGAAGCAUUAGACACGUACUACACCCGUGUUGCGGAGGGCACGGAUGUCGUGUCCCUCCUGGAUGAGCUAGCUCUCAAAAAUGAACAGCGGAUCGAUUCGCUCGAAGACAUGGCAAGCCGAGCGCAAAAGUCAAUCUGGUAUCCAUUUACGCAGCACCACGGCAUGCAGCCCAAGGAUAUUACUCCAAUUGACUCGGCAUAUGAUGAUUUUUUCCAGACGUAUACGGCUCCAGAGAACUCGGCACAGCAAGGAAAGCUCCAAGCGACAUUUGAUGGUUCUGCAUCAUGGUGGACACAGGGCCUUGGCCACGGGAACCCAGGCCUUGCUCUAUCAGCUGCUUACGCUGCUGGACGUUACGGACAUGUAAUGUUCCCUGGAAAUAUACAUGAACCUGCACUUUCAUUGGCAGAAAUUCUCUUGAAGACAGUUGGCAACCCUCGCCUUCAGAAAGUUUUCUACACAGACAAUGGCAGUACUGGAAUGGAGGUUGCUCUCAAGAUGGCACUUCGUGCUACGUGUGACAGAUAUGGCUGGGAUGCAAGCCAAGAGCAGGUCAACAUCUUAGGUCUUAAGGGCAGCUAUCAUGGUGACACAAUUGGAGUUAUGGAUUGCUCAGAGCCCUCCACAUUCAAUAAGAGAGUCGAAUGGUACAGAGGACGUGGCUAUUGGUUCGACUUCCCUCUGGUCAAUAUGUCACAGGGAGUCUGGAAGGUUGACGUUCCUGCGGAGCUGCAAGAAUCUCUUGGAGGCACGCAGGAAUUCUCGUCAUUGGAUGCAGUCUUUGACUUGGAAAGCAGAGUCAAUUCAGACAUCGGGGAGCGCUAUAGGAAGUACAUUCUAAACAUUAUUGAGCGCCUGGUUCAACAAGAAGGGAUGAAAUUCGGGGCUCUUAUCAUGGAGCCCAUCAUUCUAGGAGCCGGUGGCAUGCUAUUCUGUGACCCAUUGUUUCAGCGAUGUCUCGCAGACGUUGUCCGCGGAAACCCACAGCUGUUUAACCGAACUAAGCCGGCCUCAAUAGAGCCACCCCCACAGUCUGAGGUCUCGUGGUCCGGCCUUCCAAUUGUCUUCGACGAGGUUUUCACUGGUCUCUACCGUCUAGGCCGAAAAUCCUCCGCGUCGUUCCUCGGGGUCAACCCCGAUAUCGCUGUCAACGCAAAGCUUCUCACUGGAGGCCUAGUGCCGCUCUGCACGACUUUGGCAAGCAAUGAGGUCUUCAGUGCUUUUGAUAGCCCGGACAAGACGGAUGCCCUCCUUCACGGACAUAGCUAUACCGCUCAUGCUGUUGGCUGCCAAGUAGGCCUGGAUUCUCUACGGACAAUGAACAGUAUGGACGAGAACGGAGCCUGGAACGGAUUCAAGACCGAUUGGAACCAAUCCCAUGCCAACGAUGGCACCCGACCGGGGCAGGUCUGGAGUGUCUGGUCCCACGGGCUUGUCCACGAGCUGUCCCACGCAGCGACCGUUGACAGCGUCUUCGCCAUUGGUACAGUGCUCAGCAUUUCCUUGAAAGACGCACAAGGUGCAGGCUACACAUCCACUGCGGCUAAGGGCCUUCAGAGCAGAUUAGCCGCUGGCGGGCCGCAGUUUAACGUCCACUCCAGAGUCCUCGGUAAUGUACUUUACUUGAUGUCGAGUGUGACCGCCAAAGAAGAGACACUGAAAACAAUUGAGGGCCUGCUGCGAGAGUCACUGCUGUAG